AUGCCAGCCGACCCCAAGAUCAAGCAACAAGGCCUCAGCAGAGAGCUCUCCGAGCCGCCCAAAGACCCGGGCACCUUCGAGAACAUACCCAGAGUGCGCGAGAUAGCAGGAGACCUAGGCGACAAGCGCGUAAAAGACAAAGUAAUUAUCAUAACAGGCGCAAACUCCCCCCUCGGCAUCGGCCGCGCCUCCGCCCACCAAUUCGCCCGCAACGCUGCGAAAGCGAUCUACAUCUGUGACUUCGCAGACACGCACCUGGCGACGCACAAAAGGGAGAUAGAAAGUCUCUACCCAGGGGUAGAAAUCCACACAAGGCAGUUCGACGCAGCGGACGAGCCCGCCGUCAAAACCGUCGUCGACGAAGCCCUCCAGAAAUACGGAAAGUUAGACAUCUUCUUCGCCAACGCGGGGAUAAGCUCCCGAAAAGUCUUCUGGGAAGAAGACACAGACGGCUUCAUGAAGAUGCUUAGAACAAACACGCUCUCUGUUUUCCUCGCUGCGAAGUACGCUAGCAGAGCGAUGCUCAAGACUAGCGGGGCGAAACCCUAUCCGCAGGGCUCGAUUAUCGCCACGGCGAGCGUAGCGGGGCUACGGUCGAACGCUGGGCCGACGGAUUACGCGGCGAGCAAAGCGGCGGUUAUUAGUCUGAUGCAGACGUGUGCGUAUCAGCUUAGCGGGACGGGGAUUAGGUGUAAUGCUGUUUGUCCGGGGUUAAUUGAGACGGGAAUGACGAAGAGUACGUAUGAUGCGGCGAGGGCGAGGGGGAGUGAAGGGAAGAUUGGGCAGUUGAAUCCGUUGAGGAGGGGUGGGGUGGCGGAUGAGAUUGCGAGGGCGGUGCUGUUUCUUGGGAGUGAUGAGGCGAGUUAUGUGAAUGGGCAGGCUUGGGCGGUUGACGGGGGGUUGUCGGCGGGUUUACCGUUUGUGCCUGGGAAGUUGGCGUAG